AUGCUGGAAGAAGUCAGAGUGUACGUGAUGGAGAGGAUGUACAAACAAAAAGGGAAGGGGGAAAAUGGAACUUGGAUAUAUGUCCUUCCAUUAGAAGGAGGAUUGAGACAUUUAAAGAACAAUAGAGGUAUUCGGAUGUUACUCCAAGUGGUCCGCAGAUAUAUGAAAGCAUGGCAGUUGACUGGUAUACCAUGUGUACAUGGUAUUGCUGCAAUCUUGUUUUUGAAUGGGAAUGCAGAGGAGUAUGUUGCAGUUGGGUUCACAACGAAUAUGUUUGGAAGUUGCUAUAGAUAUAACGUGAAACCAACUAAUGGAGCUGACAUGUGGCUGGAAACAGGUCUUCAAAGCAUCUUGCCACCAAGGCGUAGUAGAAUGCCCGGGAGACCAAAAGUGAACAAAAAGAAAUGUCGUACAGAAAAAGAAGGAAAACAUACUGUUAGCAAGAAGGGGGGCAUUCCAAAAUGUGGUAAUUGUCAUCAAGAAGAUGAACAACUACCUGAGGAGGUUGGGUCUGAAGAAGUAGUGGUUGCUGAGGAGGUUGGGGCUGAAGAAGAAGUGGUUGCUGAGGAGGUUAGGGCUGAAGAAGAAGUCAUUGCCGAGGAGGCUGGGGUUGAAGAACAAGUGGCUGCUGAGGAGGUUGGGGUUGAAGAAGAAGUGGUUGUUGAGGAAGUUUUUGAACAAAUGGUGGCUGAUGAGCAACCAAAUGAGGAGCAAGCAGCUGAACAUGUAGUUGCUCAACAUGUACAAGUUGUUGCUAAAAAGUGUAAUAGGAGAAAGGGUGGUCCUUCUCAGAGGAUCACAAAGCUUAAGUUGAUGAGAAAGGUGGUUACAAAAGAUGGAAGUGGGUCAAGUAUUGAUAAUCCAGUCACCUUAAUCUAG